UAAUUAAUAAAAUAAUCAAUUAUAAAUCUAUAACUGCAUAAUCAGUAGUAAUAGUAUUGUAAUAUUAUCUGUCCAUCCACAGAUCAGGAUGUUCUUUAGAUCCGGGGUCCCCAACCCCUGGGCCGUGGCUGCGGUCUGUUCGGAACCGGGCUGCGGAAGUGGCGGGCGAGCAAACAUGCGCAGUUCCACUUGUGCAAGUGGCUGCUGAGCCCAACACUCGUGCAAACAGAGCUGCGUGCAUGCUGGCUUAUCACUCACACAAAUGGAGCUGCGCGUACACAUGCCUCACUCACUGAUUCUGCAGCCCGAAUCCCCCUCCCCCCCCGCUAGUCCGCAAAGCCUGAAGGAUUGGAGACCACUGCUUUAGACUCUGCUUAAAAUAUUGAGAAAAGAAUCUACAUGUUGUAAAUUAAGAGGGGCCAUAACUAUAGUAUUCAGUCAGCGGGUUUCCUAAAAUUCCACAUUGGCCAAUCCAGGAAGAGCUAUCCUAUUAAAAGCUAGUAUAGAGAGUCCUCGAUUUACAACCAUAAUGGAGCCCAUAAGUCAUGAUGGUCAUAAGUCGAGGCACUCAUGAGACUGACCUGAUUUUAUGAUUUUUUUUGUGUGGCAGUUGUAGAGUCCAUUCAUUCCUAUAAUUGGUUUGGGUUUUUUUUUUUUGGAAAAGGCUGGACAAUGGCAAAAAAAUAAUAAUCAUAAAUUGUAAUUAUGUGAAUGGAAUUGCAACUGCAACUGACCCGGGGUGAAAUCCAGCAAGUUCUAACAGGUUCUGGAGAACCAAUAGCGGAAAUUCGGAGAACUGGCAAAUACUACCGCUGGCUGGCCCCAGAGUGGGGUAGGAAUGGAGUUUUUGCAAUAUCCUUCCCCCAGGAGGGGAGGGAAUGGAGAUUUUGCAGUAUCCUUCCCCUGGAGUGGGGUGGGAAUGGAGAUUUGGCAAUAUCCUUCCCCUGCCACGCCCAUCAAGCCAUGCCCACCAAACCAGUAGGGAAAAAUUUUGGAUUUCACCCCUGAUCUGACCGUUAAAGUGAACUGGUUGCCAAGUGCCUAAAAUGCUGGUCCUGUGACUUCAGGUGUAAGGGGUUUCCGCUGUCAGAAUUCCAGAACCAUGUCACAAAUAUCUUUGUGUGUGUGUGUCUGUCUGUCUGUCUGUCAUAAUUUUGAAUGGUCGCUAAGCAACUGAUCAUUAAGUGGGGACUACCUGUGCAGUGUAGUAGUUAAUGAGUUGAAUUAGGAGACCAGAUUCAAUUCUAGCUUCAGCUGCAGAAGCUGACCUGAUGAUUUCGGCCCCACUCUCUGUCUCUCUCAACCCCAGCCUGCCUCAAUAUGGUGGUUGUGGUGGAAAUUUUGAGGUGGGAUAUUAACAAAAGCUUAAUUAUAAAGAUCUGCCCACCUGCUGCUCCUACCUUUUGAUAGUCACUAUUCAUCCUUAAAGUCACCGAAGCCAACAGCCAUCCUUGCAUCAUCUUGCACUGAACUCCACAGUUCACUUGUGCAAGUGAAGGCAAGAAGCGUUUCCCUUUGUCCACUUUACCUGAGAAUAAGGCAUAUGGAGAUCUAAUUUGGAUGAUGCUUAAUGACUAUGACUCAAGGGAUUAAUUAUGCAUAAACCUAGCAGUUGAUUUCACAAUAAACUUCUCACUGUGAAAAAUAGAAAUUUACUACUUACGAUACACGCAUGCAUGCGUGCUGGAGUGCAAAGAUUAACACAUUCAGUUGAAAAUGGCCAAAUGAUGAGCAAGCAUGUCUAUUCAUAAGUCUUAUAUUUAUAAGUCUUAUAUUCAUAAGAUUCUGUUUUAACAGUCUCUCCGUAUACGGUACAAAUAAAGAUAGUCCUUGACUUAUGACCACAAUUGGGACCAGCAUUUCCAUUGCUAAAUGCAAGGUGGUUGUUAAGUGAUUCAUCGCUGAAUUUAUAACCUUUAUUGCCACAGUUAUUGAGUGGUGCGGUGGCCUAGAAGUGGAGCUAUCGCCUCACAAUCAAGAGGCUCUGAUUCGAUCCUAGGUAGAGGUAGAUAUUUCUCUCUCUGAGCACACUGAGAAUAUAUCUGCUGAACAAAACUCCGCAUUGGCGACAGGAAAGGCAUCUGGCCAUUAAAACACUCUGCUAGCUCCAUUCAGAUGUUCCGAUUCCAACCCGCAAGGGAUUACGGGGGGUCGUUAAGUGAAGAUUAUUAGUAUUACUAUUAUUAUUAUUAUUAUUCCCCCAUUGACUUUACUUGUCAGAAACUGGCUGGGAAAUUUGUUGCAGAUGACAAUCACAUGAUCCUGGAAGACUGCAACCGUCACAAGUACAUGUCAGUUGCCAAGCGCCUGAACUUUGAAUGUAUGAUUGUAGGAUGCUGCGAUGGUUGUGAGAGGACCGUUAUAGGUCACUUUUUUCAGUACUGUUGUAACUUCGUUCUGUCGGUAAACAAAUGGUUGUAAGUUGAAGACUACCUGUUUGACUGGGUGCCUUCCUUACUUCAAUCAAAUAGGGUCUGAACGCAGUGAGAUCUAAGAAGUGUAAAAUGACACUUUCCCACUAUCUGCAAUAUACAUCUCCGUUUAUUGCUUUUUUUAUGGCUAUGAACAUCUCUGAACUUACAUGGUUUGAAAAGAGAAUAGGGAUAGGGAUAGGAUAGAACAGAACAGAACAGAACAGAACAGAACAGAACAGAAUAGAAUAGAAUAGAAUAGAAUAGAAUAGAAUAGAAUAGAAUAGAAUUCAAUUCUUUAUUGGCCAAGUAUGAUUGGACACACAAGGAAUUUGUCUUUGGUGCAUAUGUGCUCUCAGUGUACAUAAAAAAGAAUAGAAUAGAAUAGAAUAGAAUAGAAUAGAAUAGAAUAGAAUAGAAUAGAAUAGAAUAGAAUAGAAUAGAAUAGAAUAGAAUAGAAUAGAAUAGAAUAGAAUAGAAUUCUUUUUUGGCCAAGUGUGAUUGGACAUACAAGGAAUUUGUCUUUGGUGUUCUCAGUGUACAUAAAAAGAGAAAAUACAUUCAUCAAGAAUCAUAAGGUACAACACUUAACGAUAGUCAUAGGGAACAAAUAAGCAAUCAAAUCAUAUUAGGAAGCAAUCAAUACAAAUCGUAAGGAUACCAGCAACAAGUUACAGUCAUAAGUCAUAAGUGGGAGGAGAUGGGUAAUAGGAACGAUGAGAAUAUUGUGGAACAAGAGAGAUCUUUUCAUGCCUUUUCUUUGCUUAGUUGCCAUUUUCUGCUGUUUUGUUUUGUUUUUUCCACCCAGGCCCUUUUCAAUCUCCUGAUUCCCGAUCAUGCCGCGGAUGCCUUCUCUCCCCCGCGCCUCUCUGACCCCGGGUUCUUGGACCGGCUGCUGGAAUGGCUCCUGGGAGGCCUCUCCCGUUGGGAUGCAGAGCACUUCUUGUUCAUAGCUGAGCAUGGCUACAUAUACGAGCACAACUGUGCCUUCUUCCCGCUUUUCCCCCUAACCCUAAAAGCAGCCGCAAACAUCAUCUUCUGGCCCUUCCAAGGCUUUCUCUGUUUCCGGAGCUGCCUGCUCCUGUCUGCGGCUCUCCUGAAUGCUGUUUUUUCUGUUUUAGCCUCUUGGACUCUGUACGAGCUCAGCUGUGCAGUCCUGCAGUGCCGAAGGAGGGCUUUCCUGUCGUCCAUUCUCUUCUGCCUCACUCCAGCUAAUAUCUUCAUGGCAGCUGCUUACUCAGAAAGCAUGUUUGCCUUCCUGGUGUUUGCUGCCUUGUGGAGCCUAGAGAAAGGGCACCGUUGGCUUAGCCUCCUCCUCUUUUCGUUAGCCACCGGAGUACGUUCCAAUGGGCUAAUCAAUGCAGGGUUUCUCAUUUAUUCCCAGACAAAACUCUUCGCUUUCAGGUUUCGAGCGAGUGAAAACGUGUUGCGGAAGAAAGGCCCGUUUCUAAAACUGGCCGCUGCUUUGGGGCUGAUGUCUGCCUCGGUGGCUCUUCCUUUUGCGAUGUUUCAGUACUACGCCUACUUUAAAUUCUGCCAUCCCGAUAUUGGCCUGGGAGGCGCCGUUCCAAAGCCGCUGUUGCAGUUGGCUGAAUCCAAGGGCUAUCGUGUAGCAGCUUCGGAGGGUGGGAUGCCCCCAUGGUGCUCCUGGAACUUUCCUGUGCUCUACACCUAUAUACAAGAUACCUACUGGAAUGUCGGCUUCCUCCGAUACUUUGAAGUCAAACAGAUCCCAAACUUCCUGCUAGCUUCUCCUGUUAUUGUGUUGGGCUCUUGGGCGAUCUGGUGGUACGUCACUGCCAACCCCUGGCACUGUCUAACACUUGGUCUGGUGAGAAGGAAGAGUGCAGCCACGCAAGGCCAUGACUCGCACAAGCCAGCAGAAGGUUUUGGUUCUCCUGGUUUAUUAGUCUACGUGGUCCAUGCAGCAGCUCUGUUGGUGUUUGGGACCUUUUUCAUGCACGUCCAGGUACUUACCAGAUUUCUGGGCUCUUCUUCCCCAGUCCUUUAUUGGUUCUGUGCUCAUCUGCUCUAUGACAAUGAGCCUUUGCUGCAGGAUGGAGGUUCCCCAUCCAAGCACAGAGAAUCCCUUGCUGAGAAGCCCUCAGUGGAUAAUUACUUUUCUACCUGCAGCAGACAUGAAAACCCCGUGUUGAUGCUCCUGAGCAAAUGGAAGCAGAGCAGGAUUCUCACAAAAUGUAUUUUGGGAUAUGUACUUUCCUACUGGCUUCUGGGGUUGGUCCUUCACUGUAAUUUCUUUCCUUGGACGUAACCAGUGGUGAAAUGUAAAAUUUGUUACUACCGGUUCUGUGGGCAUGGCUUGGUGUGUGCGUGGGGGGUGUAAUAUGACAGUGGGCGUGGCCAACUUUUUUUUCUUUUUACUUUUAAAACCAUUUUCGGCUGAAGAGGCUGUUAAAAACAAGCUUUUAAAGCCCCUGACGAUCCCAGCUGACUUGCCUGAUCGGCAGAGGCUUUUUUUUUUUUUAGUCUCUGAUGAUCUUAGCUGACUUGCCUGAUCGGCAGAGGCUUUCUUUCUUUUUUUUAAAGCCUCUGACGAUCCCAGUUGACUUGCCUGAUCGGCAGAGGCUUUUUUUCCUUUUAAAAACAUUUUUUCUAUAACCUCUUCGGCUAAAGAGGUUGUAGAAAAAUGCUUUUAAAAGCCUCAUGAUCCCAGCUGAACUGCGCGAUCAUCAGACGUUUUUUUUUUUUUUACUUUUAAAAGCAUUUUUUCGGCCAGAGAGGUUGUAGAAAAAAUGCUUUUAAAAAUAAAAAAAAAGCCUCUGAUGAUUGCGCAGCUCAGCUGGGCGAUGGGGGGGGGGGGGCGCAGGGAUUUUUGCUACCGGUUCUCCAAACCACUAGCUGCCAUCGCUACCCCGGGAGCAUUUCACCCCAGAGACUACCCGUAUCAUUUUUUUAACCUUUAUCUAUAGUUUUUUUUUCUUUUCUUUUUGGGUCCUAGUUCCAUUGGCUCUUAGAAAUCAAUUUAGGUCAACUGAGAUUUGUAGACUCUUCUUGCCUUAGCUUACACGUUUUCAGGCUUAAAUUUUCGGAUCAACUUCAGUCUGGUUCCCAGCCUUGCAGCACUGAUUCCUUUUUUUCAAUUUGGUCUGUUCCAACCUUCUACUUUUCCUCUGUCACAGUUCUAAAUUUCAUCAUUUUACUCUUGAGUACCCUGGGGAUAUUGAUAAGCUGUGCUUUUGACCAGAAUAGACUAUGAUGGAAAAGCCACUUUUAAAAAAAAAAAAAUAGAGCAGACAUAAUCUGGAUAUGUUAAUGCACGCUGCAGUUAAAAUCAAUAUUGAGCUCAGUCUGCUGUGCAUGACGUUGUAUUUGAAAGCUAUUUAUACAUCUGAGCCAGCUUGAAAUGGUAGCUAAUGCUACUGUUGAUCUUGUCAAGUGAGCACAUGAAACUUUUGUGGGAGCCUCAGUUUCAGAACCACCUCUUAAGUAGCGCACACUAACUUUACAUUUGUAGAGAACUUUGAGACUGUCUCCUAUCUGAGGCUGCUGUUCUGUCCCCGUCCCACACGCACACACACCAACAGACGUCCAAGAGUUAAAGACUAAACCAGCCGACAAAAUCCUUUUCCUUAUGAUAACGGAACUUGGCAACAACCUAGUGGCUGCCUGCCAAGAGUUUAUUACUUAGGAAGAGGAGAGAUAACUUCUCCCUGCUUCAGGUACAUCAAAAGAAACAGCUCAAUAAUUACAGAGUCAAUCAAGUCCAAAGAUAAUCCAGCAAAGUCUAUAGCAAAAGUCCGGCAAUGCAGAAUGGUGUGGAAGCUUUCAGCUUUGUUCGUCACAAGGUUUGACUGGCCACCACGCUCCCUUUUAUACCCUGUGGGGUGUGGUCCAGUGACUCAGCCUAAUCUCGGGCACGCCUUUUCUUCUGUUGCGCGCGCUUAUCUCUGCGACACUGGCGUGGAUCCAGCCAAGACUCAUUACUCUCAUCACUGUCCACCUGUGGCUGCGUGGACGUGCUUGGCCCCGGCCCUAUCUCUUGCCCUUCGGCGGACACCGAAGGCAUUGCCAAAAAGGAGGGUCCUGGAGAAGGAGGCCUUGCCAACUCCUCUCCUUCACUCUCGGAGUCCUGCUGAUGACACAGGCUCAGGUAACUGAGCCACAGCAGCUGCCUACUCACUAAGAUCAAAUACAGAAGUUCAUUUUCCCAUCCUGCCAAUAUUUGAAGUACGUUUAACGGGAAUCUAGGGAAUAGCAUGCUAUGUAUCUUUGCUAUGGAACUCCAUGUCCAAAGUAGCUGACUUCACUCCUUUCAGCAAUUUCCCCCACUAUUUUGUGAAGGGACAGUCUCUUCUUUCCAGCAAGUAUUUGAUCCACUAGGCCAGAGGUGUCAAACUCAAAGUCUGCGGGCCAGAUCCAGCCUGCAGGGUGCUUAGGUCUGGCCCGCAGGGCCACCCUGGAAACAGUGAAGGACCAACCCGCAGUGCUUCUGCCAGCGAAAAUGGAGCUCGGAGGCUGCAUUUGGCCCCCUGGGGUUUGGUUUUUGGCUGCAACAACCUCCUGCAGCCCUCUGCCAGCGAAAAUGGAGCUGAGGAGUGCCAGUUUUUGCCACAGAGCGCUGCAGGAGGCCAUCCCAACCGAAAACCGAGCUUGGGCGGGAUUGUCCAGGCCACCAAAGGUGCCCCAGACAUGAGUGACAUUGAGCUGGACACGCCCACCUCAGGUCAAACACAACCCUGAUGCGGCCCUCAAUGAAAUCGAGUUUGAUACCCCUGCACUAGGCUAAAUGUUUUAUGAACUCUAUGGGAGAAUCAAAUUGUGCGAUACUGUUUAUUAUGUUUAGUGAUUAUCAUUUCUUUCUUACUUUUAUUGCUUUAAUGUUUAACCAAAACAGUAUUGAAUAUUCUUAAACAGAAAGAUGGGGUAAAUUAGUAUUUCAGUAUACAUGAAGAGUAACCACCGUUUGACUUUGUAUAUCCCUGCAGUUGCUGCUUUUAUAUAUCAGCAACAUCAUAUAAAAUACAUAAAAACAGCAUAUAUUGUUCCAACUUUUGUCAGUGACAAAAAUGACAUAGAAUUGGAAGUGUACACUUAAAUUCAGUCCCUAACUCAUUACAGAAUUUAAAUUAAAGCAAUCCUGACAGAU